GGCAUAGCAAUGCCAUUCCUUUAACAUGUAAUCAUCCUUUUGUUCUUCCUUUUUGUCUAUCUGACAUAACAUAACUAAAUAGACAGUUGUUAGUUGCUCCUCAGAGAGAGAGAGAGAAGAGAGAUAGAGAGAGAGAGAGUGUGUCAUAGUAUAACAAGAAACAAAGAGACUCCGUUGCUAUCUCGAUAUUGCACACACACAGACACAUCCAAGAAUGUACAAAAAAGCUUCACUCUCUCUCAUUUUCGUGAUUCUUCUUCUAAUCUCAUACUCCAUCUUCAUCGGGACCGUCGAUUUCAGAUCCUACUUUUUCCCUCUGCUACACUCACCCACCGAUACACCCUCUCUCUGUGCACCCUCCUCUCCUCUCCGCGUCUACAUGUACGAUCUUCCUCGCCGGUUCAACGUGGGCAUGCUGAACCGGCGGAGCCCGGUGGAGACUCCGGUGACGGCUCUGGUAUGGCCUCCGUGGCCCAAGAACUCGGGCCUCAAGAGGCAACACAGCGUGGAGUUUUGGAUGAUGGGCUCGCUUUUGUACGAAGGGGAUGGGGCUGAAGAGAGAGAGGCGGUUAGGGUUUCGGAUCCGGAAAUGGCUGACGCGUUUUUUGUGCCGUUUUUUUCUUCUUUGAGCUUCAAUUCUCAUGGCCACAAUAUGACGGAUCCAGAUACAGAGAUUGAUCGCCAAUUACAGAUUGAUUUACUGAAAUUGUUACGGCAAUCCAAGUACUGGCAACGGUCUGGAGGUCGAGACCAUGUAAUUCCUAUGACACAUCCCAAUGCAUUCAGAUUUCUCCGAGAACAGGUUAAUGCAUCUAUUCAGAUUGUUGUAGAUUUCGGCCGCUACCCCAGAAUCAUGUCAAAUUUAAGCAAAGAUGUAGUGGCCCCUUAUGUGCACGUCGUGGAUUCAUUUAAAAUUGAUGACACUCCAGACCCAUUUGAAUCUCGCACUACACUUCUUUUCUUCCGUGGGAGGACAUACAGGAAAGAUGAAGGCAUCGUUCGUGUUAAAUUGGCAAAGAUAUUAUCUGGUUAUGAUGAUGUUCACUAUGAGCGGAGUAUUGCCACUGAUGAAAAUAUAAAAUUGUCCUCGAAAGGAAUGCGUUCUUCAAAGUUCUGUCUGAAUCCUGCUGGAGACACACCUUCAUCCUGUCGCCUGUUUGAUGCCAUUGUGAGCCACUGUGUGCCUGUUAUUAUAAGUGAUCAAAUUGAGCUCCCGUUUGAGAAUGAGAUUGACUACUCCCAAUUCUCUAUAUUCUUCUCUUUCAAAGAGGCACUGGAACCUGGUUACAUGGUUAACCAGCUCCGAAAAUUUCCCAAAGAGAGAUGGAUUGAAAUGUGGAAGCGGCUUAAGGACAUCUCCCAUCAUUAUGAAUUCCAGUACCCCCCAAAGAAAGAAGAUGCUGUCAAUAUGCUAUGGAGGCAGGUAAAACACAAGCUUCCUGGGGUCAAACUUGCUGUGCAUAGAAGCCGAAGGUUGAAAGUCCCUGAUUGGUGGCGGAGAAGAUGAUUUCAGAAGCCUGCUUUUGUGACUUUGUAAAUUCAUAGUCAUUUCAUCAUUCAUGGUGAGAACCCUUUGAAGAGAAACAACCAAAGCUAGUAACAACCCACAACCGGCCAGUUAAAUACACAGAUUGAGAAACAUUUUUUUUUAUUAUAAAUUUUAUGGUUUCUUUUAUUCUGUGUCCUUAAUUUUCUGUGUUUUACUGGAUGACACCCUCCUCCUCAUCCCUCAGUGUCAAAUGAGUGACAUUCUUUGAUGCUUUUAUUUUAAUUUUUUUAGUGGAGAAAAAGAAUUGAAGGACUCGGCUUAGCGCUGGUGUUUCUGCCUUUCAAUAGUGCCGAAGUGAGGACAUAAUAAUGUAAUUAGCACAUGGAUUGGUUAUACAUCCUAUAGUCUGACAAAUUGUUCCUUACUGGUUAUAAUUGUGUUUUUGGAUGAGGUUAUGUAAUGCACAUUGAUAAAGCUCAGUCAUUACUCAUUA